AUGCUCAUUCGCAUUCUUCUUGGCAAGUACGACUUGCUUCCUCACGUCAACACCAUCACCAUGGCGGCGGACCGCACACUGGAAUGGACUCGCGAGGACUAUGUCGUCCGGUCAUGGCUCUACAGGUCCAUGUCUGACGAGAUCCUCGACAUCAUCAUGGCCGAGGACCAAACGGCGCAGGAGGCAUGGACGCUCAUCACAAACCUCUUUCUUGACAAUCAGAUGACCCGCGUUGUCUACCUCGAGGCGGAAUUCCACGGUCUUGUACAAGGCGAUCUCUCCAUCACCGCCUACUGCCAUCACCUCAAGGCUCUCUCGGACACCCUCGGCAACGCCAGCACCCUCGUCUCUGACCAAACCCUCGUCCUCAACUGCCUCCAUGGACUCAACCCGCGCUUCGCCGACAUCACCACCAUUGUCACCAUGCAGAGCCCCCUACCGUCGUUCACCCAGACACGCUCCCUUCUCACUUUGCGCGAGACACAGCUCGCAAACUCCUCAGCGAUGGGCAACCUGACCGUGCUCUAUGGUGGUGGCCCAUCCCAACGCACUGGUGGUUCCGGUGGUUCCCAUGGCGCUGCUAGCUCCAACUCCUCCGGCCAGUACCGUGUUGAUGGCACCCGGAAUAACUCCGGCGGCAACCGCAAUGGUGGCAAUUGUCACAAGAAGAAGAAGAACAGCAGAAAUAAAAACAUCGGCGGCCCCUCAUCCGUUGGCCCGUGGGUCUGCUUCAACCCUCUCACGGGUCAGCAGCUGCAGGCAUCUCCGAUGGCUAGGUAG